AUGAAUGUUAGCACAAGCGCUUUGGGCGUCAGAAGGAGAAAGGCCAAGGGCCAGAAUAUCGAUGACGAGGAAAACGCCUCCCUUUUAAGGCUAGGGCCCGAGUUCCAGCGCACACAAAUCACGAAUUCAGGAGACGAGGAACAGCUAAUUGCGUUGAAUUUGUCCGAGGCGCGGCUCUUGGUUAGGGCAGCGUUGAAGGAAAGAAAGUUGAAGAGCGAGAAGAACCAGAUGCUCGAGGAUGAGGACGAAGAGGAGAACGAGAGAGAGGAUGAAAUCGCCAACAUCGAGCUCGCGGGCCCCAACUCGAACGAGAUCGUGCACAAGACGUUGAACUAUUUGUCGACUUUCUCGAGGUUCAAGAACCCGUCGUCUACGGAGACCGUGGAGAAGCUUUUGAACGAUUUCGGCACCCAUGCGUCGGAGCCGUUGCAUCCGUUUGAGCUAGCCCAGUUGGGCAACUUGGAGUGCGAGGAUUCCGAGGAGGCCAAGUCCUUGAUUCCAAGCUUGACCAACAAGGUGUCAGACGUGCAGUUGAAGACGUUGUUGACGGAGUUGAGGAAAUACCACACUUUGUCGUGA